UUAUUUCCUUGAUGUUUUAGUAAUCGUACAGUUUAUUAUUCAUUAUUAUUUAAUGAAGAUAUUCAACAUUAGAAACUUAAUCAGCGUGACUAAAAAGACAUAUCCUUCUCUACAUUAAUAUUAAAGUAAAACUUCUGUAUGAUUAGAGGAUAAUCACUCACAGAUGACGAAUCAAAUAACAGUAGUCAACAACUGGUUGCACAACUUUUUUCUUCUUCUUAUUAUAAUCCAGUCAGAUUAAAAACUAACGCCAAAAAGUAAGUUCUAGUGCAUUAACAUGGACAUACUUAAUCCAACUUUUGUUCCAAUUUACGAAAAAAAAAUUCAAGAGCAAUUAAAUAAUGAAUUUAAACGACUUGAAGGAGAGUGUUAUACUGAUCAUGCAGGUGCAACAUUGCAUUCUGAUUCACAGAUGGUGAAGAUUUAUCAAGAUCUUUCAUCGAAUAUCUAUCCAAAUCCACAUUCAGGCGGAGGAUCAGGUAAUCUUACUCAGGAAAUCACUGAAAGAACCAGAUAUAGAAUAUUAGAUUUCUUCAAUGCUUCUUCAGAUGAUUACAGUUUAGUAUUUACUUCUGGCACUACAGCAUCAUUGAAGUGCAUUGCAGAAACGUUUAAAUUUAAAAGUACCAAUCAAUUUAAAGGGAAUUUUGUCUAUCUACAAGAUAAUCACACAUCAGUGUUAGGAAUGAGAGAUGUAGUUGCUCAAAAAGAAGCUGAAGUAAAAUGUUUGAAUCAUGAUGCAGCUUUUGAUGUAUUUUCUAAAAAUAGUGAACAAUUUUGUAACCAUUCAGAGACAACUGAUAACUCAUUAUUUGUUUAUCCAGCACAAUGUAAUUUUUCUGGAUUUAAAUAUCCUCUAACAUGGAUUAAUCAAGUACACAAAGGAAUGUUGAAUAAACUAAUUAAUAGAAAAUCCAAUUGGUUUGUUCUUCUGGAUGCAGCUUGUUUUGUAGGAACUAAUCGGCUAGAUUUAGCUAUAUAUAAACCUGAUUUUGUCGUGAUUUCUUUCUAUAAAAUGUUUGGAUAUCCCACUGGCAUUGGUGCAUUAAUAGUUAAAAAUACUAGUAUUGAUUCUCUGGAAAAGAUUUAUUAUGGCGGUGGAACAGUCAACAUGACGUUGAGUCUGCAAAAUUAUCAUGUUAAAAGAGAAGUCUUUCAUGAAAGGUUUGAAGAUGGUACAAUUUCUUUCCUUUCCAUUAUUUCUCUUCAGCAUGGAUUCGAUGCACUUUCAAUGAUUUCAAUGGAUAAUAUAUCAAAUCAUGUAUUUUCUCUUGCUCAAUAUCUUCAUCAUUCUCUUUUGACACUACAUCACCACAAUGGCAACCCAGUUGUCAAGCUCUAUACAGACUCAGGUUAUCAGAAUAAAGAGUUUCAAGGUGGUAUUGUGGCUUUCAAUAUCUUGAGAUCUACUGGAGAAUAUGUGGGCUAUAUGGAAGUACUUCACAUGGCAGCACUUUUCAAGAUCCAUUUGAGAACUGGAUGCUUCUGUAAUCCUGGUACUUGUCAAAGACACUUGAAUCUCUCCAAUAAAGAUGUCAUGAAUAAUUAUGAUUCUGGUGUUAAAUGUGGUGGAGGAAUUGACUUGGUUAAUGGAAAACCUACUGGUGCAGUGAGAAUUUCAUUUGGAUACAUGUCUACUAUUGAAGAUGUGAAAACAAUACUUUUAAUGAUUCGUAAGUGCUUUUUAGAUUCUCCAGAAGUAAGAAAAAUUCCUAGGUGGUAUGAGAAAAAAAGUAUUACAUGGAGUAAUCAGUAUCAAGAUGAAGACGUUGAAGCAGAUGAUUAUGUAGAAAAUAAAGAAAAAAUAAAACAAGACAUUAGAAAAAAUUCAGAAACAUUUAAAAAUGCAAACAUUGAUGGAGAAAAUAAGUUUUUAAAAUUGUGUAAUAUAUUUAUUUAUCCAAUUAAAUCUUGUGGAGCUUUCAAAGUAGAAAAUUCAUGGAUCUUGACAAGUAAAGGACUUCAAUAUGACAGGGAAUGGAUGAUCACAACGGCUGCUGGAAUUUGUUUGACUCAGAAACAAGAAGUAAUGUUGUGCUUGAUCAAGCCCAUAAUUUGCCUUCAAAACAAAGUAAUGAAAUUGGAUUAUCCAGGUAUGCCAACAAUCCAGAUACCUUUAGAUGAUACGCCUAAGGAUAGAAUUAAUGGGGAAAUGUGUCGAAGUAGAGUUUGUGGACAUAGGGUUGAAGGAGUUGAUUGUGGAAUAGAAGUUGGGGAAUGGCUCAGUCUUGCUUUAGGUCGACCUAAUUUGAAAUUAAUUCGUCAGCAUAAUUUUGAUAAGCCUUCGAUGCAAUCUAAACCAGAGUUAUCAUUUUCUAGUCAAGCACAAUACCUACUGAUUAAUAAAGCAAGCAUUGAGUGGCUUGCUGAUAAAAUUUCAGAAGAUUCCGAUUGUGAUAAAAACUCUAUUCUAGAUCGUUUUAGAGGAAAUUUGAUUGUUGAAGGAGGUUUACCUUUUGAAGAAUAUUCUUGGACUCAAGUAAAGAUAGGAAAAGAGAUUUUUGAGGUCAAUGGUCCUUGUACUAGAUGUCAAAUGGUAUGUGUUGAUCAGAAUACUGGACAAAAAACAGUAGAACCACUUAGAUUAUUAGCAGAAGAAUUUCAUGGAAAAAUGAAGUUUGGUAUUUAUUUAAAUGAAAGAUGAUGCCACCUUGUCUUCCAGGAGCUCCUGAUAUUUGAACUUCUGGUACACCUUGUUUCAAUAAUUCUGCAAGUUCUAAAAAUUGUUUUCGAUGGCCACAUCCACCACUGAAAAUAGAUCAUUUUUUUAUUAAUUUCCAUUCAUAUUUCAAUUAUCAACUCAUAGUUUUUCUAAUAUGAAGUAUGUGUUUAUGUUUUGCUGAAGAGUUUCUUACCAAUAUUCGACAUUAAUUUUAACACCUGCCAUAUAAAUAAAUAAGUCAAAAAUAUGAUAACUUCAAAUAUUAGUGAACAACUUGUUAUGUCAACUUUAUUGUUUUGAUGGAGAUACAAACAGAUAAAUAUGCCAUAAAUUCAAGGCGGUAAUAUUUAU